GGGCAUCUUGCUUUCCUCGGUUCAACAUGCCUCAUUCUGCAUGCCGUGGGGUUUUCUAUCCCUUUUGUUUGUUCAACAUCAAGCCAUGGCACUCAUGAUGCAAGCCAAGGUUUGGUCUAAAUGCAUUGGAUUCGCCGAAUGGAGCCAUCAUGUCUUUCCUCGAACGAACUUAGGAUUACACAAUAAAUCGACCCGGAAGAUAACCAAAUGUGGAAAUCGGAUAACAGCUCAACAUACCCGGAGAUGAAUGGUUAUUUGACAUAUGGAAACUUCUCCAAUGUACAUCGUCUUUUACGGAUAUUCCUCUCUCACUCGCUAUUGUUAUGUAUUUCGAUUGAGAUUUGACAUUGAAGAUGGGAGUCCUUAUGGAGCGAAUGGCGGAGGCAUCCACAAAUGAACCUAGAGCUGGAAAGGUUUUCUCAAUUAUUCUGUCUAUGAUCUCAAUGGCAGCUUUAGCAAUUUGUAUGACUCGUCGCGUUCAAAAUGUACAGGACUGGUCUCGAUACCCUCUUGUUUGUUGGUUGGUUAUUUUGAUAUAUUUUGAUUCCCUGGUAUUUGUUCUUGGGUCUGCAGUUGUUUCGGCGGGGUUCGGUGUCAAUUAUUCAAAGCAUAUGUGCUCCAAUGCUAUUAUAUUAUGUUUGUCUUGUUAUAUGACGACCAAAGUAGUAGGUUUUUUUUCUUCACUACGAGCGACCGCAACAUUCACUAAAACCAGAAGUUUAUCUACUAUUUUCUCGUUGAAAGAGUUAUCCUCAAAACCACGCUUCAAAGAUCCUCUUUACCUCUUCAAUUCGAUUGGAAUGCUGAUUCCUUACUGCGCAGUAAUCGCGUUGAAUUUUAUCUUCCGAUUCGCCAAUUAUGAGAACGGUGAAUGCCGGAUCGGAAUGAAGCAGGUCGCGAUGAUACCUCUUAUUGCUUUCGAUAUAUUGGUCAAUGUCUAUUUAACCUUCUUAUUUCUCGUUCCACUACAAGGUCUGUAUUCUUACAAGAAUAAUCCGAACUCUCAAACGCGUGCCGUCGCACUCCGUACUUUUGUUGGAAGUUGUUGUGCGCUUACUUCUAGUGUCGUUAACUUGACGUUAUUGUUGGUACUGAAAGGUGAACCAGGCUGGAUAUGUCUUAUGUCUUGUAAUCUUGAUAUACUCUUUAGCGUUCUGGUUCUCCAUUGGAUAACUUCCAAAGACAAUGCUUCCACUUUCCUCCCGCAUCGUUCUCGCUCACAUACCCAUUCACGUACUUGUUCCUACCCUACUAUUCGCACUAGCGCUCUCCCUUCUCCUAUUUCUCCCCGACCACUUAUUUCCAGUCCUCGUUCGAUUUCUGGGGACUUUGGGUUUUCGAAUAGAGAUAAUUUGUUUACGGAUACGAACGCUGUGCAUGGUGCAACACCAGAUGAUUAUAGCUAUGCCAGGGAUGCUAUUGAUUUACCAACGGUUACGACGACUGUGACUGCGGGAGUAGGAAUGGGAGAUAUGAUGGAUGAAGAAGAGGGAGGGAAGAAUAGAGGGCUUGAGAAUGGAAAUAGAGAGACGGGGCUCAGGAGACCGAAAAUGGCGAUCACGGUAGAGAGGGAUCAUGUGAGGGAGGUGAUUGAGACGGGAAUUAGAAUCGUGAAUGAUCGUGAUCAUGAGAGGUUGAUUUUAACGCUGCCGAGGGGUAUUAGUGGAGGUGGAGGUAGUAUUGGGAUUGAAAUUGGGGGCGAGGAGAGAGAGGGGGGCGAUGUAAAGAUGGGGGAGGGCGAUGAUACGGAUAUUUCUUUUUGAGAUGAGGGUAUAGUGUUAAUGAAUAUAUACACACAUUACCGGAUAGGUUUAAUUCA